CUGCCUUUUUAAAUUUCCCACGAUAUGGACAACAAAAAUGUAAAAAUAAAGAUAAUAUAGUGCCGCCGGCCCGGCAAACGCCGUCUGCGAUGGUCGAGGCUGAGAUGCUCGUUCUCUGCCAAACCAAAAAUCAAUCGAACGAGGCUCGCCAGCAAUGAUGCCAAUGCGAGCGUCGAGGUCGCAGCAGCCGAGCAAUGCCAGCACCGUCUACACUCUGUCACUACUCUCAGAGUACACCCAUACACUAGACUGCCUCCCCUUUGACCUCUCUCGCAACUUUGCAGACUUGCGGGAACUCGACGCAGUCCUGUCCUCGUCAAUGACCUCCAUCACCACCAAGAUUCAAAAGCUCACCCAAGUCAUCGAAGAAGGCGCUCUCUCAAAGCAAGAGAGGCUCUUCCUCCUCACUGAAAUCGCCGAUGAAGCUGCCCGCCUCAGACUCGGCGGCGAAGACAAAAUCCGCGUCGCAUGCCAGGCUGCAGACAAUGUCAAUGGCCACAUCUCUUACAUGCGCGCCCUAAUCAGCCUAGUACCUUCCUUCAAAAUGUCUUCCUUGAGCCGAGACACCACCUACCCUCACGUUGCCCCGAGAUCAUACAUGCCCAUCAUGGAGAACUCCCGUGGUCGCAGAAGAAACAACUACAACUCGAUCAUGUCCACCGGUCACGAUACCAGCCCUUUGAAGCGCAAAAGGAACCACAGAGACGAUGACAUGGAUAUCCCCAGUGUCAAGUCGCCACGCAAGGACCGGAACGGGGACUUGGGUUCUUCUCGUGCUCGCAAUGGCAUUCGUUCACGAAGACCCGAACGUGCGGCGUCUCCUUCAGAAUCCAUUCAUUCCACCAUGUCCCACAACAUCACUGCCGUUCCUCAAUCACACACAACCCGUUCACGCGCUGCAGGGAGUUCUAGUCGCACUGGCAACUCGUCCAGUAGACGCGGAAGGGGACAUGAUGAGGUACCCAAUGGUACGAGCUCACGAAAAGACAUCUUUCCUCCGCCUUCCUCCACCUCUGCAGCCCCGCUGCUAUCAACGCAGUACGGUAGUGGCACAAAUGGCGUACAUAAAUACGACGCAUCUGCCACACACCCAAACGAUUGGGCAGCACCACCAUUACACGCUCAACUGGAGGGACCAGGGGUUCCCGUAACGCGCAAUGCCCAUACGGGCUUGUCCAUGGGACCUCUGACACCGAAUUUACCUGUCAAUUCACGCGACGCCCAAUCAGGCAGCGUACCUCCCGACACCGCUACUGAAGCAGGAGAGUGCGAUGGCGAGGGAGACGACAGAACCUACUGCUUCUGCGACGGGAUAAGCUACGGAGAGAUGAUCGCAUGUGACGACGCCAACUGCGAGCGUGAAUGGUUUCAUCUCACUUGUAUCGGACUUACCGUGCCACCAGAAGGAACGUGGUAUUGCGAUGCUUGCAGGGCCAAGCAGAAGAAUGCGAAGCGUGGUGCAAGGGGCAGCAGGAAGCGCGUCACAGGUGGUGGCAAUUCACGUUCCGGCGCAAGGAGUGCUGCGAAUUCGUGACUAUUAUUUUCCGUUUUUCUUCUACUGUAGCUGGACGCCGAUACUUAAGUCUGUAUCUUAUGCACUGUGACCACG